AUGGAAAAUAAAUGCGAGGAUAAAUUCCGAUGCCCCCAUUGUCCAGAAGGGGAGAACGAGCACUCCGCGGCGGGGAGGAAAUGCCCUCUGUACCGCCAUGAGGAAGCGGUCAUUCGUUGUAAAACGGAUGAGUCCAUUUCCUGGGCGGAAGCCCGGAGAAAGGUUGGCUCGCUCAAUGCUAAACCUACUUAUGCAUUGGUCACCGAUGCGGACAGUGCUCGAAAGGAUAAAUUGAUUGAAGCUCUUACGGCAAACGUCCAAAAUCUCACGGAAAAAAUAGAAAUUCUCCUGAAAGAAAGGGAAAAUUACUCCAAAAUCGAAGAAGAAUUUCUGAACUACAAAGAACGAGUGAAAAAUUUUCUGAAAAACAACAACAUCUCACCAACAAUAACUCCAGUAAAGGACAGAAGCCAGCCCAGCACACCGCUCAACCAAUCUGGAAUGACAACCCCUACUUCGAGUCAAAAACAACCAGAGCAACAACAAUUUCACACAGAAUUGCAGAAACAGUUGCAAAAAACCCAGAAGCAGCAAAAACAAGAACCAAAUAAUCCAAAACUGGGCUUUCAAGUACCAAAAAAUAUCCCGAAAAAAUCAACCACACCAAUGAUAACGAGACAAACAAGUAAAACACAGCAGAAAACUCCCGAAACCACCGAUCACAGCGGUAAAAGAGGGGCACAAUCACCUUUAGCUGAUAAAAAGAAGAACAAGAAUAUUAAGCACGACAACGAAGAAGAUGAUGAUGAAUACAGUUCAGAGGAAAGCAUGGAUCACAGUUCUCUCGAACAGCAAGAAGAAAACGAAACCACCCCCCACCAGGAAAAAUCACCACCCCAUCUGAGGCUCAAGUGGCGUGAGUAUCAGUCACUGGGUAAUAUGUGGAAGGGGAUGGUAGCCAUCCAGGACGCAAUCCUCAUACCUGUCGAUGGUGAACCUCCUUUCACAGCCCAGAUGGGUGCAACGUCGCCCCAAUGUGUUCGCCCCCACAACGACAUGCAGAUUCCCAGAUCAUCCCAAAACAUGCUAAGUCUAACGAACCCCUUUCCUACUUCAACUACACCACAAUGGGACCCAGGAGAAGGGACUAGCAGAGGGUCCGUAUCCAGAAACCUAACAGCUACAAUGAGAACAACUCCACCCGCACAAGCAUCACCUCAGCCUACCAGGUCUCGAGGUCAACCAUUCAUCCUUCAAUGGAAUAUGAGAGGUUUCUGGACGAACGAGGCUGAACUGACACGAAUGAUCUGGGAAUCAUAUAAUACGCUGAUAAAAAGAAACUACAACAUAUACAAAUCAACCUUUACCCCAAAUGCCAGAAAAGGACACGCUGUAAUGGGAAUUCUAAAAGCAGUGCCACAUGAAAUGGUUGAAAUAGUUUCUCAGGUCCCCGCAGUUGUGGUUAAACUCUUUUCUCCCAUUAAAAUCACUCUUGUGUGUAUCUAUAACCACUUUAAAAGUGGCUACCACACAAGUACAGCGAAUGCACUGGAAACGCUGUUUCAAGAAAUCACACCUCCUUUUCUCGUGGGUGGCGACUUCAACGCUCGUCAUUUUACAUGGGACGAUGCUACAAACACAAUGGGCGAAAACGUUGCUAUGUGGGCCGCACAAAACGAAAUGGUGGCAUUGAACGACGGAUCAAAAACCAGAUUUAGUCCUAUACAGAACCAACAGGACACAGCCAUAGAUGUAACUUUUGCGUCAUCUACCAUCAUAAAUAGAUUCAAAUGGUCAACUCUCUCGGAACCAUGCAACAGUGACCAUAUACCAAUCUUUGUAGAGCUUGAUGGUCCAUGUCCCACAGUACCUGCUGUUAAAACAUGGAAACUUAUGGAAGCCAACUGGGAAAAAUACCAAACUGAGAUAAGCGACGAACUCCUUAUCAUCCCUCGUCCUAACGUGAGGAAUAUAACAACAACCAUUUUCGAAACUGCCAAACGUUCGAUACCGCGUACCACAGGGAACACAGCACCAAAAUAUGCUCCUUGGUGGACUGAAGAAAUAGGUUCGAAAAUAAAAGAUCGGAAGAACAAAUGGAAAAUUUUGAAGAAGACCAACAAGACUGAUGCUCUGUGGUCGAACAGAAACGAGGAAUUCCGUAAAGCUAGGGCUGAAACAAGAAAAUUCAUUAUAGAAAUGAAAAUAAAAUCCUGGGAAGACUUUGCCAGUUCGUUCAACUUCAAUACUCCGGUUUCGAAAAUGUGGCAGAAUUUUGGGCAAAUCACUGGUCGCAAGUCAAUAAGAACAAGAAGAAUGACAAUUGAGGGAAAAUAUACAGACGAUCCGCACAUCAUAGCCAACCAUAUUGCUGACAGCUUUCAAAAAACUUUUACUACAGAUUAUCCGCCAAGUAUUCAGUACUCACCACGUCCCUCCAUACCCGCCAACAUUCGCAUUGAUCGGAACUUUUCCAUCAAUGAAUUGAACGCUGCUCUACAAAAGUGCUCUGGGAAAUCUUCAGGUCCUGAUGAGAUCCCUUAUUGCAUGAUAAAAAAUAUGCCCCCCGAAGCCAAAGUGGUUCUCCUUGAAAUGUUCAACGAUUUAUGGAAAAAUGGAGAAUACCCCCAAGAAUGGAAAACUAGUAAAAUUGUUCCUAUACCUAAGCAAGGAGGAGGGCCGGAAGAAGUUGAAAAUCUUCGACCGAUUGCACUCACCUCAUGUUUAGGAAAAGUUUAUGAAAGACUGAUAAACCGAAGAUUGCAACAACACCUGGAAACCGAAAAACUACUCCAUCCUAACCAACAUGCAUUCCGAAGUGGAAUGGGAACCACUAGCUACCUGAGUAAUCUCAAAGAUGUCCUCACUGAACAUCGGCAUGAAAAACUGCAUUCGGAAAUAGUAUCGCUAGACCUCGCCAAAGCUUUCGACCGCACUUGGCGCCCAGGUAUUCUAAAAGCUCUGGAAAAAGCCAAAGUGGGAAACAGAAUCUACCAAGUAGUAUCAAAUUUCUUGAAAAAUCGAUCGUUUUAUGUUGCUGUAGCAGGAACACAUUCAUCUAUCCGUCCUCAAGAUACGGGUGUCCCACAAGGAUCAGUGUUAUCACCGACCCUAUUUAUCCUUGUGAUGAAUGGGAUAUUUGAAUAUAUCCCCAGAAAUAUUUCUGUGCUCAUCUACGCAGAUGACAUUCUAUUGGUUGUUGGAAGUAAAUUCAUAGCCGUAUGUCGCAAAAAAUUGCAGUUUGGAAUUGAUUGCAUCCUGAAAUGGGCGGAUAAAAACGGUUUCACAAUCAACGCACGAAAAAGCACAUUACUGCAUAUGUGUUCAGGAACGAGAGGAAAAAGGCACCGCUUUUACCAACAGAAACAACUGACAGCAAAUGGGACUGAAAUUAAGCGUACAAGAUCUGCAAAAAUCCUGGGCGUUGAAAUCAAUCAAGCAGCAAACGCAAACACCCACAUUCGAACCCUGAAAAAAGAAUGCGCUCGUAGAACCCGAUUCCUGCAAGUUUUAACCAGCUUAGGAAGUCGUGAAACACUUUUAAAAGUUGGUUUUGCCACAAUCAUUUCGAGACUUUUCUAUGGCUGGGAAAUAUUUGAGCCUCACGAAAUAUUUGAAUUAGAAACGGUUUACAAUAACUUCCUCAGAACGGUGUCUGGAGCUUUCUGUACAUCCCCUGUAGAAUCGCUUUAUACAGAAACUGGAGUACUCCCAUUCAAAUCUCUGGUUACUCUAAACUGGGCACAGAAGGCUACUUGGAUAGCCGAAAGGAAAUACGAAAGCGAGAACUUCCUUCUGAACAGGGCAAAUAGUUUAUUUGAAGAAAUAACUAACCAACGACUACCGCAUAUACUAAAAUUAGUAUCAGAAACCACCAGAAAUUGGGAUGAAAAACCACCAAAAAUAGAUUGGUCCUUCAAACGCCAAUUCAAAGCAGGAGGAAAUUGUGAUCGAGCAGUUGCUAUUUUUCGCUCAAUGAAGAGUAAUAAAUAUCUUCACAUGGAAGAGUGCUACUCCGAUGGAUCUUUAGCUAAUGGCAAAAUAGGUUUCGGAGUUUUCAACCCAUCAGCAGAAGAUGUCUCUAUGCAAUUACCAGAAACUUUCUCUAUUUUCUCGGCGGAAGCAAUAGCGAUAUACUAUGCCAUGAAAGAUGCCACAACACAAACUGUGCUAUACACGGAUUCCGCCAGCGUUUUGAGUGCAUUAGAAUCCGGGACGAAACACCCGAUAAUCCAGAAAAUCCAAAAAAGCUGCAAUCUGGAUAAAAUUACCUUCGUGUGGAUCCCAAGUCACAUGGGUAUAAGCGGCAAUGAGAAAGCAGAUAACCUCGCGAAUAUAGGCAGAGAAAGUGUCAUGCUCUCAAUGGGAACACCCAAAGAUGAUGCAUUAAAAUGGAUAAAAUCGAAAAUCUCGGAGCAACACAGCCGAAUAUGGAGGAGAAACAGAACAAACAAACUUAGAGAAAUAAAGUCAACAACCGGAAAAUGGAUAGAUGUAACAAACAAAAAAGAUCAACGCAUCCUUACGAGACUACGAAUAGGACAUACCAGAAUGACGCACGAUUAUCUACUGAAACAUGAAGAACCGCCGAUGUGUGAUACCUGCAACGUGGUAGUUACUGUGAAACACAUCAUUUUGGACUGCUUGAAAUACAACAUCCAGAGAACGGAAUUGAUCAACGGAACAACGCUAGAAACAGUGUUAAGAAAUGAUAAAGAAAGACGUCUUCCUUCGGGACGGAUGCACGCUACUAGUAGUGCGAUGAAAAUUCCGGGACGCGUUCGAGGGAAUUCCAGCUAA